AUAAACAUGACAUUCGAAGCCCGCGGGCCGCGACGGGGUUCUAUAUAUGGUCCUGAUGUCCACCAUGAUAUGAGUAGCCUGCCUUGACAGCUGACUUCGAGCGCAAUUCAACAUGGUAAACGUUGCAAUUGCUGGUGGAAAUGGUGGUGUCGGAAGGGCCAUCUGUGACGCCCUCCAGAGAUCUACCAAGCACAAAGCUUUUGUUUUGACCCGUAAGGUUUCGGAAGCAACAAGCCGUGUUCGAUCAGUGCAGGUCGACUACACUGAUGUAGCUGGCUUGACCGCAAUACUUGAAGAUCUGAGUAUUCAUACAAUCAUCUCGACUUUCCAUAUUUCCGGUCCAUCGCUCAGUAUUUCCCAGCUGAACCUGAUAAAAGCUGCGGAGGCGUCUGGAUGCACCAAGCGUUUUGCACCAAGUGCUUUUGCCAUACCAUAUCCUCGAGAGUUUGUUUCCGCCUUACCCCCUUUAAAGUACUACUUCGAGGCCAUCGACAUCCUCAAAGCAUCUGAGCUGGAAUGGACCGUGUUCCUGAAUGGUGUCUUCCUCGAUUACUAUGGCAUGCCGCAUAUCAAGACUUACCUCGCGCCAAAUAUCUUCGCGAUAGACAUGGCAAAUCAAGUGGCAGCUAUACCUGGAGAUGGCAAUACGCCAGUCACGUUCACAUGGUCUAUGGAUCUUGCCAAGUUCAUCGUCGCGGCACUUGACCUGCCAAGCUGGGAAGAGGAGAGUCGCAUUGUCGGCGAUGAAGUGACGUUCAAUCAGUUCGUCGACAUGGCAGAGGAAGUGUGUGGAGUCAAGUUUGCAAGAUCGUACGACUCGGUAGCGAGGUUGAAGGCCGGUGAAAUCACCGAACUGCCUGGUCAUCUGGGUCUCUAUGCAGACUUCCCAAAGCCGGUGUUCCAACGCUUCAUGGCUAUCUUCGAGAUGUGGACAACUGAUGGUACAAGCACGAUCAGUGCAAGAGGUGGAAGAUUGAGUGCGCAAUUCCCAGAUAUUAAAACGCUGACAGCGCGAGAAAUGCUGGAUACAUAUUGGUCCAAGAGAUAGAACUUGUAGCAGAUCGAAAAGAGUCCGGUGC